AACCAGCCCGGCCGGGCGCAGGCGGUGGUCCGCAGGGUCCCCCGAACUGGCCGGCCACGAACCCGUCUCACGGUCCCGCGGCCAGCAGCCGCCGCUCGUCUCUCUCUGCAGCCACCGCUGAGGAAGCGUCCCCUCUGAGGGGAGCGUCGGUCAUGGCAGCAGACGCCGGGAUGGCUCCGCGACCGCUACACCGCGCCCUCCUGGGCUGGGGCCGCAGACCAGUCGGCCCUCUGGCUCCUCGGCGACCUCCGGCGGGCGCCGGAGGCCGGGAUGCAGGGCGCGCGACAGAGAGGAGACGGACAGCUCAGGCCCGGCGGCAGGAAGGCUCCCGCGCGUUCCGCGACUGCCACACGCGCCGCCCGCACGCACCCUACCCUGUCUCCGCCGCCUGGGCCUUGAUUGGGCGCGACCUGGACUCCUGGGUGCUUAUUGGCGUCGCCAAGUGCUCGUCACUGCCGCCUCCCGCCCUUGCAUGCAACGCGCGGAGUCCGCCUGCUAGCAAGGUAGGUGGCCCGGCAGCGAGAGCCUUCAAGGGCGCCUUGGAUAGUGACCCUCGGACCCCGCCGCCAUCUUCCGGUCGUCCCAGUCCCGCCCCGCAGAGAAACGUGACCGGGUUCCUGUUAGAAUCCUGCGAGGUGUUCGCUUGUUUGAAGAGGCGGGGACGCCGGCCCCAUUCUCUUAUUAGAGUGCGGGUGGGGCGGGGCUCCGCAUGUCUCUGCAGGGGCUGGGGGCUCCAGUGGUUACCGCCAUUGCAGAAUUAUAGCUCGGUGAAAGAGGUCCGACCUAACCAACUCCAUCUUGCUUCUAUCCCUGUUCAUUCCUGAGCUUCUGUGAACUAAUUUUGAGAGGAACUUAGUUUAUAGUUUAAAACAAAGAGGAUAACAGUCCUUUCCCAAAACAAAUCUCCUUCUUGUCUGGAAACUAGACUGCCUUUGUAGGACUAAUAAGUUAGCCAUAAGACUAGAAAUUACGGUUUAGGAGACAUGCAGCUGGAGGCCACAAGAUUAUGAUCCUCCUUAAACUGCUCUUAACAUCAGUGCUUGAGGUAUUUUGCUGACCCCGCGCACUUGAUGGAUCCUGGCACCACCCAGGUGGAUAAAGUGACUCAUCUGACCUUGUGGCCCCCACCCAGGGACCAACUCAGUGCAAGAAAACAGCUUCAAUUCCUUAUGAUUUCAUCUCCGACCCAAACAGUCAACACUCUGGACUUACUGGCCUUCCCCCACCCACCAAAUUAUCCUUAAAAACUCUGAUCCCCGAAUGCUCAGUGAGGCUGAUUUGAUUAAUGUUGAAACUCCAGUCUCAUAGUGGGCUCUGGGUGAAUUACUCUUUAUUGCAGUUCCCCUGUCUUGAUAAAUCAGCUCUGUCUAGGCAGUGGGCAAAAUGAAUCCAUUGUAUGGUUACAAAGUUGGGGGUUCGUCUGGGAUAGCCCUUGUGGCUACCUGUCCAUGAUUGGAUAGCUCCGCCUCUGGUGACAGAUCCAGAGGCCAGCCUAAGCGACCACAUAGUUCUCUUGGACUAGGGGCUGACUCUGGCACUGUCUCUGACAGUGGGGCGCUGCUAGCCCAAUGUGCAUGAACUUAAUUGCAAUGGAGAAAUAGUCUUGGGGAGACAUCCCAUAACUGUAGCCCUAUUACAGGGUGUCUGUAGCCAGGUGAUGGAGUGUCUGUAGUUAUAGCCCCAUCAUGGGGUCUCAGAUUGGUGAUUAUCCUAGAUGCUGCCAAUGCCUCCUUCCUUCUCCAGACUGAUUCUGUAGCCGCAUGGUGGGGUGUCUGUAGCUCCACCACAGGGUGUCUGUCUCAGUUUGGCUCCUGGGGCAUCUCAGUUGGCUCUCCCUAAGUAGGAGGAGGAGACGAUGCAGCUGGAGGCCACAAGAUUAUGAUCUUAGUUCAGGAGACUUCUCAGUCAGGAAGAUUUCAGGGAGAUUUGUCAGAUGGAGAAUAGGACGAUAGUUUGGAAGGGAUACUCUUGGAGUUCUUGGUUAGGGAUCUUAAUUUGGAAGGCCUUGUCUGACUCAUCUUUCUGUGUGUGUUUGUAUAUAUGGAGGGGAUCUCUGAAGGAGUUGCUGAUGGAAGUCCAGCAGGCCUAACUUGGAGAACACACCUUGUUUAUCUGGUCACAUUCAGUGAGACCUGAAAGAAGUUUCACAGGCCUGAUUCAAGGUGACUGCUCAGAGACCACCCAUUGAAUUCACGAUCUGAGGUCACCCCUCCGCACUGUAUCCAAGGUGGAGUUUCUAGCAAGUCCCAGGAAGACAAUCACAAUAUAGGUCUUCAGGGUUCUGGAGCAAGACCAUACUAUCUGCAGCAGGGAAUUAGACACCUUUUGAAAAGUAGCUUCUGGAGGGCUACUAGACCCUGGCAGAGACGGAAUACUUCACCAACGGGCACCAAGUGACCACGUGUCUAGAACCGUUCAUUAUUCGUUAGGUUCUGCCUUUCAUACUCACCAAGACAUAAAGUCAAAUGGGCCUAGCAAUAAUCCAUAGUAAGAUGGAAGUGGUAUGUCCAGAACUGGGCAUGAACAGAGCUACACAUGGUCAGGUGGCCCAGAUACAUGUCACCUGCCAGUGUGGCACCAGGGUUUCUCCCUCAGCUCACGCCUGUGGCUGCACGGGGGCAAAGUCCCUUGUGAUCCGCUGACAAGAGAGGAAAGCCUUUGCUUUGUCUUGAUUCACAGACGGGUCAGACUGGUACGUGGGUGCAAGCCAAAAAUGAACUGUGACUACAGUACAGCCCACCAUAGGCUGAUCUUGACAAACAGUGGCAAGGGAAGUUCCCCCAGUGGAUUAAUCCUCUCAGUGGUGCAUGUGUUCGUCCGCUUUGUAUGGAAAGACAUGUAGCCCAAGGGUACACUUUUUAUUCCUUCAUGGCUGCUAGCAGCUGCCUUGAUGCAUGGAUCAGGGAUCUGGAAGGAGAAAGAUGAGAUGAUCACGGACAAGGAUGUCGGGGACAGAGGCAUGUGGAUGGACUAUUUGAGUAGCAGAGAAGUAUGAAGAGGACCACCAGAGAGCAUCUACCAUGAAAGAAACACCAAACAACCAGAUAGACAGAAUGGUUUUGCCGAUUGGAUGUCAGCCAGAUGCCAUCAGCCACCCCAGAACUGACACAGUGGGCACAGAAGGAGCAGCUAUGGUGGCAGGGAUGGGGGACAAACACACAGACAAAAUAGCAUGGGCUGUCACUCACAAGGGCUGAUGUAGCUACCGCCACUGCUGAAUGUCCAGCCUGCCAGCAAGGCAUCAGUGCUGAUCCUCGGAAAUGGCAAUGGCUCUCAAAGUGAAUAAGUAGCCACUUGAUAGUAAGUUGACUACAGUGGAUCCCUUCCAUUCUAGAAAUGGCAGAAAUUUAUUUUUACUAGAAUGGACACAUGCUUACCUUUUCCGCCAGCAGGGCCUCAGCCAACACCACUAUCUGAGGGCUUACUGAGUGUUUUACCCGCUGACAUAGGAUCCCACAUCACAUCACAUCGGACCCAAGGGCCCAUUCAUUGCAUAGCCAAGGAGGCAUGACAACGGCAUGUGACCAUGGGAUCACCAGUCCUGUCACAUUCUGCACCACCCAGAAGAUACAGGCUUGAACGAAGAGAAGAAAUGGGCUGUUGAAGGCAUAGCUGAGAUGCCAGCUCAGAGAUGAUGAUACCAAGUAAGGAGGGGACACCACCUUCCAGGGCACAGUGUACACUCUAAUCAACAACCAAUAAGGCGCUUUGUCCCACUGGGAGGAAUAUGUAGGUCCAGGAACCAAGGGGUGGAGAUAGGAGUGGCUCCACUUUACAUUAAUCCCGUUGGGGUAUUUCUGUUACCACAACUCUAAGCUUUGAGGAUUUUAGGUUCUGGUUCCCAGUGAGGAAAUGUCUCCAUCAAGGGAUACAGUGAAAGUACACCAAGGAACCAGUAGGCAAGAAGCAGGAGCCACCAUCCUGGCAGGAGUAGUGGACCCUGCCCACCAGGAAGAGAUGGGCUGCAGUUGCACAGUGGGAGCCAGAAGGAAUAUGGCCCUGUGCGUUCUUGCCCCUUGUUGAUGGGAAAUGCACGGGUGCAGCAACCAUGGCCUGAAGAGGGCGUGGUGGCCAGGGCCUCAGCUGAGGUGCCUCCUGCAGGGAGGAGAAUCUAAAAUGGAUAGAAGCCGAGGCAGGCACAGUGGCUCACACCUAUAAUCUCAGCACUUUGGGGGGCCGAGGUGGGAGGAUCAUUUGAGGUCGGAGUUUGAGACCAGCCUGGCUAACAUGGU